AUGCCACUACCCGGAGACAGCACCCUCUCACUCAACUUUCAUUCAAAUCCCGGCGAUGCGCGUCCCUCGAAAACAAAGCAAGCUAUGCUUGUGCGUAUGUCCGCAGAAACGCUCGAGGCAUUGGAGAGCUUUCAAAACAGACCAAAGAUGGAUGUCGUGUUCGGGGACAAUCCAGGAAUCUAUAUCGGAGAAACAUUCUUCUCCAUGCGACAUGCGCAGGAGAGCACCCCCCAUGAGUUAUAUCUGCGCACAUCGUCUGCCUCCAAGCCAAUGGCGCCUCUGAAGCUUUACGCAAAUGUUACAGGCAAAUUUCAGGUAGAGCGCGAGCUUGGGGCAAAAGUACAGGAAAAACUACGCGAGAGCACGAUGGCGGCUGAGAAGCAGCGUACAGGCCGUGGUGUGCUUGUGUUGGACAAGCCACCAGAACUGAGCAAGUCGGUGCCAAAGAAGAAGCAAGUUCAGUCGUCGAUGUUUAGGCGUCCUAUUGCUGCUCCGGAUUCUCACAGGACUGUAUCUACAUCCUCAACCAGUCAGCCCACAAAGGUGUCAUCACCUCGCGACCUAGCCAUUCCAUCAAGUCUGCCAACGAGGGUAGCAUCACCCGUUCCAGCGGCAUCCCGGAACUUUGAGCACACAAUGUCUACUCGAAGACGACUGGUUCAUUGUGUGGCUAUCAGGGCCCGUACAACCCCGGAGGUGGUGAAGCUUGUUGGGGGCUCCGAUUGCGACCCUGGAACCCGGAAGGAGAUUCUUGAUUUGUUGGAAGUGGUGGCGGAGCGUGCUCCCGCACCGAAAAACAGCGCAGAUGCGCCUGUUUGGCAACUGCGGCCAACCUCAUGGACCGAAGUCCGUCCUUACAAGUGGCCGUCGCUAAGUGACGGUGAGCGGACGCGUCUCGCUCGUCAAGCUCGCAUAGCAUUCAGUGCUCUCAAAAUACCGGAGACGGAUCCCGUAUGGGAUCACGCUCGACCUCGUGACCUGGAAGCUGCUUCGGCGUCUGUCGGGCAAAGUGGAUCUUCCAAGAGUGAAUCCACUGCAGGGACAUUCGACAGUGCAGUACGGCCUGAGGCGAAGAGAGGGAUCAUGACGAAGGAGACAAAGCAGAAGAAAUCCAAGUCAGACAGCACGAAGAAGAGCGGUGACAUCAUUAUAGCUAAGGAUGAGAGCAUGAAACCUGCAAAGGCAGCAGUUAGCAAGGGUAAAGAAAAGGAAAAGGCGUCAGAUUCCACGAGCACUAGUGCGUCUGCCUCCAAGCCGCCGCCCGUCAGAAAGCCUCCCGGAUCUGGUUUCAAAGUCAAGGCGAGCAGUACGACUCCAAUAGCUCGCGAUUCGUCGCCAGCAACAACGCAGCCUAACAAAAAGACCGGACCUAUAGACGUUCGUAACAGAAGAGAGCCUCCUCACCCAUCUGGUUCUGCGAAGCCCGCUCCGCCCAUACCACCACCACGAACAACUCAGGUAUCCAAAUCAUCUGCUAGUACUACAUCAUCUACAGUCCGCCCACAGAAAAAGGUCAAAGCACCCUCUCCGCUGGUGAACGAGGUUAGUGUCGACGAGGAACCCUUGCGGACGAAAACGGUGAAGCGCAAGAAGGUCAAGGAGGAAUCGGGAGAUCAGGAAUUGGAUGAGUUCGUAAGUGCGAGCGCGCCCAAAAGGCGCAAAAUCGAUAACGAACGGCCGAAAGAGAAAGAGCGUGGCAGCGAAAAGGAUAGAGACAGGGAGGGCAGCGUCGUGCAGAAGAAGACAGUCAAGCGCGAAGCUUCUCCGCUCCCUGCACCUCGAACUAAGAUCAAGAAGGAGGCCUCGCCCCUUCCCUUUGCACAAUCGCCACGCCCUGCGCGUUCUCCUCUCCCAGCUUCACGCUUGUCCGCCUCAGACGUGGCGCCUCCGCCAUCAUCCUCAUCUUCAUCUUCAAUCUCUCGCAGCGAUGACGCCCCCCGUCACGGGUCGUCUAAGGCCCGGCGGCGCUCGCCUGUGUUCACGUCCUCCGAGGACGAGGGCACAAAACGCAAGGCGACGUACAAACCACGCUUCCACGCUCGCCCGCUGCCAUUAGACAACGCGGGUUUGCGCAAGUACUAUAAGACAUGUUACAGCGUGUACAUCUCGCUGUUCUCUAUGAAGGCAAACUUCGUGAUGAAGAGCUCCGAGAGGCUGCAGAACAGCAGCGACGACUCGGUGUCGCUGUCUGAUUCCGAUUCAGAGGACAAUAUGCCGCUGGCGGACCCCGAUGUAGCACGCGCGUUUGCGGCAGAUUUGUCUGCUGUCGAAAGAGAGCUCAAGAAGAUCAGAGAAGUCCUGGCUGAGCGACAAGAGACAAUGUCGCCCGCCGUGCCGGUCGCUUAG